AUUGUUUAUAAAAUUUUGAGCUCUCUCGGCAAAGCUAGAGGACACCCAGGAGGUUAUUUCUUCUUGCGAUCCAGUGUUCUUAUCAGGAAUAUUGUUCGCUGGGAUCUACUAAUUCGAUAAGGGCCGGUCUCCCCGGCCCAGCCCAGGCCGGCUGCAAUGGCUGAGGGCGUGCAGGCUUUUGGAGAGAUCUGGCUGGGAAGCAGGGGUGGCGUGUCGUCGGGUCAAUUAAAGUUAACUCCUGCUGGUUUCGUUUGGCGACGAAAGCAAGGCGGCAAAAACGUCGAGGUCAAGAAGGAGGAAGUUGAAGGUCUCUCGUGGACCAAGGUACCUAGGGGUUGCCAGCUGAGCGUGCGCCGUAAGGGUGCAACAACCUUAAACUUCCUUGGCUUCAGGGACAAGGACCUGGACGCCUUGCAGCAUUAUGCCCGUAAUGCGCUUGAUCACCCAGAAGGCAUUUCAGAGGAGGCGCUCUCCACGUCAGGUCAUAACUGGGGUGCUGUCCAGCUGCGUGGCGCGUCCCUGGCCUUUAUGGUUGGCAGCAAGGUAGCAUUUGAGCUGCCCUUGGCGGACGUGUGCACAGCACAGCAAAUGAAGGAUGACGUGAUGCUGGAGCUGCAUGUUGACGAUACGGGUGGCGAGGUGGCAGAGGACAUGCUGCAGGAGCUGGCAUUCUACGUGCCGCCAGGAAACGAGGAAUUCCCGGCUCGUGGGGAGGACGUGCCAGCCUCCAAGGCUUUGUUGGAUGCUCUUUUGCCCCAUGCCGACACGGAGGCGGCUGCUGCGGACGAGCCCGUGUGCGUGUUCAGCGAGGUGGGCAUCCUGGCGCCCCGCGGUCGCUUCGAUAUCGAGAUGCAUCUGGGCUACCUGCAACUGGGUGGGCAGUCCCAAGACUUCAAGGUCCGUUACACCUCCAUCCAGCGCAUUUUCAUCCUUCCGAAACAGAACACCCCGCACACGUUGGUGGUCAUCUCGCUGGACCCGCCCAUUCGCAAAGGCCAGACCUACUACGCGCACCUGUUGUGCCAGUUCCCCACGGAGGACGACAUCACCGUAGAGCUCGACAUAUCGGAGGAGGCGCUCGUUUCCAAGAACGAGAAGAAUGGUGGCAAGCUGUCUUCAGAAAUGUCUGGACCUGUGCACGAAGUAUUCGCCAAGCUUCUGCGCGGAUUGUCGGGAGCCCGCAUCACCAAGCCGGGACAUUUCCGCAACGCUGCCGGAGACGGCUUCUCAGUUCGCUGCUCCUACAAGGCGGACGAUGGACAGCUGUACCCGUUGGACCGCGGCUUCUUCUACGUCCAUAAACCCCCGCUGCUCAUCCCAGACAACGACAUUGAGUCCGUGGAGUUUGCGCGCCAAGGCAGCGGUGCCGUGUCGUCUUCCGUGCGCACAUUCGAUCUGGUUAUCCGGCUCAAGGGCGGCACUGAGCACAUGUUCAGAAACAUCCAGCGCUCUGAGUGGGGAAAUCUAUUCGAGUUUAUCAACACGAAGAAGAUUCCUAUCGAGAAUCUGGCUUCCGCCAAACGUGGCCCCGGUGGUGCGCACGCUGGUGUGGAUGCGGAGGACGAUAUGGACCCAGGUAUGCGCCGCGCUGCUGCGGAGGCGGACUAUGAUGAGGAUGACGAGGACGAGGACUUCGACGCCAGCGGAGGCAGCGAGAGUAGCGAGGACGAGGACGAAGACGGAGAGAGCGACGCGGAGAUGAUUGAGGAGGAAGACGGCAAGGGAGCGGCCAAGGGUAAGGGCAAGGGGGCGGCCAAGGCCGAUGGCGCGGAGGGUGCCAAGCCCAAGAAGGAGCGGAAGCCUAAGGAUCCGAAUGCGCCCAAGAAAAACCUCACAGGUUUUAUGUACUUCUCCAACGCCAAUCGUGAGAAGGUCAAGGCGGAGAAUCCAGGUAUCGCCUUUGGCGAGAUUGGCAAGAUGCUGGGUGAGCGCUGGAAGGGCAUGGGCGCGGAUGAGAAGGCCCCUUACGAGCAGAUGGCCGCAAAGGACAAGGUGAGGUACGCGGAGGCCAUGAAAGCUUACAAGGAGAGGGGAGGUGCUGCGGCCGGCGGCAAGGAUGGGGAUGGAAGCGACGCUGGUGGAGACGACGAAUAGAAAGGACUGGGCGAGCUUGCGCAGCGAACUUCUUCCCCCAGCUGGUGGGUGCCAGCGGCCGGCCAGAAGUUUCUUGUGACCGUCGCGUCCAGUUCCAUUGACGAUAAUUAAAAGAAACAAGCGCAUGUCUUUGCUAAGUGUGCUCGGCAUCCGUCUGGUGACAUCUAGAGUCUUGCUCGGGGUCGCGUUGUGGCGACAUAGGUUCUAGUGGUGAAAGAAUAUGGGUUCAAUGGUUGUCUAGAUAGAAUUUGGGGGCUGUGGAGGGACUUGCAGGAGUCGAAGCCUUCUGCUUCAGAUGUUGACAAGGUUUUCUCUCAGGGCUUCUCUCAGCCAGUUCCCAUUUCGGCUGUGGUCGGCAGUUAGCCUUGGGCUGCAGAAUGAUGGAUAGGGUUCAGUUUGACGAAUGAGAUAUGUUUAUUGCUACUUAAUGACCGACGCAGGGCGUAGGUAGAGGCAUGGGAAAGCAAUCAGUUGCAUAGCGUCACGAACAAGGCUUGAGUUUUGGACGAAAGGUCGAAAUUAAUAUCCAGAUCGCG